CUAAAAAUAUCAAUACUCUAAUUCGGCCCCCUAAUUCUGCUUGCCAGGUUAUAACGAUGGCUCGCUUUUCGGAAGACCAGGUGGUACAAUUUUCGUUGAGUGAGGUACAAUCCACCAAAUUCCGUGCGUCCCGAAACCUAUGGGGAGGCUGUUUACAACGGAUCAGUUCACAAUGGUGGAGCUUCGGGAUGCGCUGCGGUUAGCCUGGCAAAUCAAGGGACUGCUCAAAGUCUCGAAGGCGAAAUUUGACCUGUUUGAGAUAACAAUGCCGAAUGAAGAGGCGAAAAAAUGGGCUCUUAAUCGAAAUCCUUGGGUCAUCAAGGACAAAUUGUUUGCCUUGCGCUCCUGGACGCCAUCGAUUACCAAAGAUAUCUUCGAUGAGAUGACCGUUGCCCCAUUCCGUGUCCAGCUUUGGGGAGUUAAUGAAGUAUGCUUCACCAAGAGUUUUGGGCUUAAAUUUGUGGCCUCAGCCAUUGGCCAAGUCCUGGAGUCUGGCGUGUAUGCCUGCAAGGAAUCGGGAGAGCUCUUUAUCAAAGUGCAAACAAUCAUCAACUUUGCCAAACCUCUCCGAUCCCAACUUAUGGAGGUCAGUGAGGAGGUUGAUAGUUUCUGGGUGAGCCUUAAGUACGAGCUCCUGCCGAGUUUUUGCUACCACUGCGGACGUGUAGGUCAUCCGCGUCAGGACUGUACGUUCGACCCGCCGCUUGGGAAAGAACGUUUUGGUCCUCACAUGACAACAAAGAAGUUUGGACGGCAGAUUUUUGAGGAGGAUGACGAGGCUCCUACCUUUAGGGGUACACGAAAUUCGGUAUGGGUCAAUCGCCAAUCUCGUGGUAUGAUGGAUGAGACUGUGGUGGCUGAUGCAGGAACAGGUACUCGAGGGCGUGCCCAGCAGCAGGUCCCGAACAGCAAGGGGAAGAAGGAAGUGUUCCUUACUACAGGUCAGGGGUUUUUGGACAAAUCCAUGACCAGACCUAAUGCGAAAUUUGGCAUGGUGCGCUCGCCCAAACGCGGGCCCAGCCCCCGAGGCUUUGCUCUCCACAAAUCUCCCAAGCUUAAACUUGGUGGGGGCCGGCGAAAGCUACUGGACUCGAAUUUGGUCGGCGAGCCCCUUGUCCCACAUGAGCAGGAGAUGGCAGAGCCUCUGCCGGCAUUGUACCCUUCGCGGUCUGCCGUAGUUUUGUAGGAUGAGGAUACCCCCAUGGCUGAAGUAUGGGAGCACUCUCAGCGGCGCCGUCUCAUCCUUGAGGCCGAGCCGGAGGAUGAUGAGCCUGGCCUGGUUGAGCAGGUGAUGCAAAAUUCGGUGGUUUGUGACUUUCCGGCUCCUGAACUAGCGGGCAGGAAAGCAACCAAGAGUGUUCGGCGCCCCCGUCGUGUAGAGACCGUGCCACAGGAUGACAAUGGGGUCACUGACAGUGCUCAGCCCCUAUAGCCUCGACCUAGAGGUAGGCGGAAUAGCCGGCAGGCCCCUACUGCUCGGGGGGAGUGCUCCAGGUCGGUCGAUGCGGCUGAUCGUGGUGAUGCGCCAGUAAUGGCUGAGAGUGUGGAAGCUACUGUCCAUACAAAUGACGGGUUUAAUCGGCUCCCUAUCAUCAAUGAAGAAGCGCUGGAGGAAUCCCAGGUGGAACUUGGCUUGGAGGAUUCACAGUCGGAGGACGAACCUCAACGCUUUGAAAUCAUGAAACGAAUUCCGGUCCCUAAACCCAGACCGCUGUGUCCCACCUCAAAGAGUCAUGUGACUCGAGUGGUGGCGGCCUUCGAAGCGGGAUUUUCUAUUACCCAGCAAUAGGGGGAGUGUAGCUAACACCACUAGCUGCGAUCAUCCUGGCGGGGGGGGGGGGGGUGGAGGUUGGCCCUCACUAUGAUGAAUAUGGGUCGAAUUUGCAGUGCCCGGACUUGGGGGUGAGAAAAUGGCUUUUGUAAGCACUUGAGGGUGAGGUGGGGGAUCCAUCGGUACAAAAAAAAAAACAGUUUGUGGAGAUCGAUGAAUCUCAGGGAAUGGUGGAGGUAGCCAACCAUGAAUGGUCUCACCCCGAUAAAUGAGGCUUCUUGCCUGGAAUGUGAGAGGAAUUGGACCAUCCCUCACAUUCCAAACAGCUGUAGGACUAGUUCGUACUAAUAAACUGGAUCUCGUGUUUUUUUCGAAAACACAAUCGAGCCGGCGUGUUGUCUCUCGCCGUAUGCAGGGUUUAUGUUUUGAUCUUUCCAAUUGUUUAUUUGUGGAUGCGAUUGAUGCUUCCGGAGGUCUAGUUGUUUCUUGGUCCCCCGAAGUUGAUGCUUCGGUGUUUUAUCAUUCCAAUUUCUGUAUUUGUGUUCAAAUCAAUGAAAGCAAUUUUCUUAUGUUGUGGUUUGCGUUUACAUUAGUUGUAAUGUUGCCACCAGAGCGUCCCAAUUGGCGCAUCUUUGUGAUGUUUGUGCGACUAUCCAGACCCCUUACGUUGUCAUUGGUGAUCUUAAUACUAUUCUUCACGAAAGUGAAAAAGAGGGAGGGAAUCCUUGGCACGCCGCUCACUCUGCUAGCCUGCGUGACUUUAUUCUGAACCUGGGCCUUCAUGACCCUGGGUAUCAGGGUGACCAAUUUACGUGGACGAAUAAGAGGAUGGGAGCUGCUUGCAUUCGCGAACGCCUUGAUAGACGGUUGUGCUCGUAGGCCUGGGUUAAUCGGUACCCGGAUACUUUGGUUAAACAUUUUACUGACCAAGGAUCUGAUCAUCGGGUGCUCCUCCUCGUUGAUAAGCCCUACGCCCGUAAUAGCCGCCCUCUCUUCCGGUUUGAUGCCCGCUGGGCGGAUAACCCAGAGGUUAGGGCUAUGGUUCAUUACGUCUGGCAGGAAGAAAUUCAGCGGACGCUA